AUGAGUGAUUUUGAUGGAAACUUCAUGGAAACGACGUCGUAUUGGAAUCCACCAGCAAGCCCUAGCCCAAGAACAAUAUUUGAGAUGCUGAAUCAAAUCGACGAUGUUGUUAAUCCGAUCGCUGAGAUCUUCCCUCAACCAACAGAUCAGUCUGAACAAAGAUCUGGUCUCGGAGAGAGAUUAGCUGCAAGAAUAGAGUUUACUCUUCCAAGACUUGAGACAGACAACAUUUCUCCUUUUGCUGCAUUUUUCAGGAACACGAACGAUGUUCCUUCUCCGAUGGUCCCGAUCUCUCCUGGAUUCAGUCCAUCAGCACUGUUGCAAUCUCCCAAUAUGUUGUCUGAUUCUCCACAGAUUAACCCUCCUUCUCCUGUGGCCAAUUACGAACCUCAAGUGAUGGUGGAAAGUUGCGGCGAAGGCAAUGCAACAACGAUGAUAUCCGAAAACGAUCUUCCUCAUUAUGAGCCGAUGAAUGUUGCUUUGCCUACUCCUCAAGAAGGUUCUGAUAUUCCAAUCGAAGAGUCCGUUUAUAUCCCAUCUCAUGAAUCUCAUGUUGAGCCACAGUAUGCUCCACUUGACGCUCCUUUAGUGGCUUCUUUUGACACUGAAGUCGUUGACCAAGAAGAUAAUGACGACAUUGCUGAUAAACAAGAUGUCCAAGCUUCAGCUCCAAAGAGAAGGAAAUUUGAGACGUCGUCAAACAUGAUUGGAGCCACAAGAGUAAGUAAGAACCAAAGAAUCAUAAUUCAGAUGGAAAGUGACGAAGACCAUCCUGAUGAUGGUUUCCGCUGGAGAAAAUAUGGUCAGAAAGUUGUCAAGGGAAAUCCUAAUCCGAGGAGUUACUACAAAUGCACAUAUGAAGGGUGCAAUGUGAAGAAGCUUGUGGAGAGAGGAGCAGACGAUGUUAACGUAGUGGUGACUACAUACGAUGGUAUACAUGAGCACAAUGCACCGGUUCCUCGCGGUUCCGGUUCAAAGUUUCGGUCGGGUCCAUCAAUGUCGUCUCAAGAUGAUCAAACCAAUCAAACCACUCAGUUAGGUAUGCCUCCUUCUUCGUGUUACAACAACCCUGUCUCUGUGGACACGACGAUGACGUCGACGGGGCCUUUCACGUCGUUGGCUCCACCAAUGGAUAUGACUCAGCUCUACAUGACCGGACUCUCUAAGCUGCCAAGUUUACCGGUUAAUCAGAAUACUGGUUUUAUGUACCGGAAUGAUGAACCGAGGAUGGAUGCAAUACCCAAUGGUACGGAUGUCUACAAAGGGAUCAUGAAUCGGCUAUUUCUCAACUUUGGUACCAGAUUUUAA